UAAUCCAGAGGUGUCCAAAAGGGAAUACUCCCCCCUCCUUUAAUUGGCAUUAUUUAUCUCCUGUUUUGGAAGCUGGACUGUCUCCUUUAGCCACCAUGAAGCGGCCUUGCGAGGAAACUACCUCAGAGAGCGAUAUGGACGAGACUAUAGACGUAGGGAGUGAAAAUAAUUACUCUGGGCACAGUGCCAGUUCUGUGAUCCGAUCAAAUUCUCCUACCACAACAUCACAGAUUAUGGCCAGGAAAAAAAGAAGAGGGAUUAUAGAGAAAAGGCGCCGAGAUCGUAUAAAUAACAGUUUAUCCGAACUGAGGCGGCUCGUGCCAACGGCGUUUGAAAAGCAAGGAUCUGCCAAAUUAGAAAAAGCAGAAAUCCUGCAAAUGACAGUCGAUCAUUUGAAGAUGCUCCAGGCGACAGGCGGGAAAGGUUAUUUUGAUGCACAUGCUCUUGCCAUGGAUUUCAUUAGUAUUGGGUUUCGAGAAUGUUUAACUGAAGUUGCAAGAUACCUGAGCUCAGUGGAAGGUCUGGACACAUCUGACCCUCUGAGAGUUAGGCUAGUCUCUCAUCUCAGCUCCUGUGCUUCUCAGAGAGAAGCUGCUGCAAUGACCUCGUCUAUGGCACACCACCACCACCCUUUGCAUCCUCACCACUGGGCAGCAACUUUCCACCAUCUCCCUACAGCUUUACUACAGCAGAAUGGACUACAUUCCUCCGACAUCUCUCCUUGCAGACUGUCAACAGCGUCAGAAGUGCCUCCCCAUGGAUCUGCUCUUCUCACAGCCACUUUUGCUCACGCUGAUUCCACACUUAGAGUGCCCUCUGCCGGUAGCAUUGCUCCCUGCAUACCACCGCUUUCUACCUCUCUUCUCUCACUCUCUGCCACUGUACAUGCUGCAGCUGCAGCGGCUGCCCAGAGCUUCCCCCUGUCAUUCACUGGGGCAUUCCCAAUGCUUCCACCUAGUGCAGCGGCAGCUGUGGCAGCUGCAACAGCAGUCAGUCCACCGUUAUCUGCAUCCGCAGCUUCCAGUUCUCAGCAAGCAAGCAGUAACGGAAACAGUAAACCUUACCGACCCUGGGGGACUGAAGUCGGAGCUUUCUAAAUCUUCCUUUCAUAAGCCGCCUUGGGAUGUUGUCAAGUUACAUCAGAUAUUCCUUCACACAAAAUUUAGAUUGUUAACAGGUAAAGGUGCCCUACGGAUGCCCAACAACCAGAUGGGAAAACAGUGAAACU